UCUUUUUUUGACUUUUUUUCUGCGAGAUCUUUCUGCGGUUUUUUUUUAAAUAAUAAUAAUAAAAAAUCUUUCUUUGACGUUACACCUUCACGGGACCUUGGUCAGAAAUGGCCAGUUUAGUCAACAAAGAUUCCUACUUACAGAAGCUGGCUCAGAAAAUUUGCACCCAGGAAGCCCGUGAGCCACGGAAAAGGAAAUUCGGAACUGCCCCGGGAGAUGGCGGACCCCAGCUGAAAAAGAAGAAGAAGCAACGAAAAAAGUUGAAGAAGCAAGGCAAGAUGGCGGGGACCCCUCCUGGCAAGCAGAUGGCACCUGUGGGAGGCCAGACAUCACCAGCCGGGCCCAAAAACUCAAACGUUAAGAAACCCGCUCCGGAUAUUGCAUCAAGUGUUGGUGGAUCAGAUACCGCUGGGGGGAAAGAGAACGGAAGGCUGAAUACUAGAGUUACAGGCAGCAAGAGCGCUCCCAGCAAUUUUUCGGCAAUGAACCUUUUGCGGCAGAGGCUGCAUGAAAAGAUCCAAGAAGUUUCGGGUCAGGGAAACGCCAAAGACCUGUCCCCAGCUGUGUUGGAGAAGCGGCAGCGGAGGAAGUAUGAGAGGGAGAGGAAGAAACGCAGAAGAAAAGAGUUGCGGAUGAAGGAGAAACUGGAGAAGAAGGAGGCCGCGGAGACCUCGGCAGCGGCUGUUUCGGAGACUCAAGACCAGAAGGACACCAAGGCUAAGAUUGUCUACAAUAAGGUCGAAGUCCACGAGGAGGAAAAGCUGAGCAAAGCCGAGAAGAAGAGAGAAAAGAGGAAGACGAUCAAAGGAAACUUAACUCCGCUGACAGGGAAGAAUUAUAAGCAGCUACUGAGCAGGCUGGAGUCAAGGAAGAACAAGCUGGAGGAGCUGAAGGACAAAGAUGAGGAGAAAGCCAAGGAACUGGAGACCAAGAUGAAGUGGACGAACGUCCUCUACAAAGCGGAAGGCGUCAAGAUCCGGGACGACGAGGAGCGGCUGAAGGCGGCCCUCAAGCGCAAGGAGAAGCGCAAGACCCAACGCCAGAAGCAGUGGGAGAAGCGGACGGAGCAUGUGGUGGAGAAAAUGCAGCGCCGCCAGGACAAACGCCGCAAGAACCUCCAGAAGAAGAAGCAAGCCAAGGUGGAGAAGAAGAAGUCCAAGGCCCGCAAGAAGGGACGCAUCCUGCCCGAGGAUCUGGAGAAAGCUGGCUUUAAGUGAGCUGGACUGGGGUGGGGGCAUAACUAACCCACUUUUUGUAGGAUCCAUAAAACUUGUUUUGUGGAA